AUGCGCGACGCGGCAAUCACGAACGGACGAGUCAGCACCCAUCUGCACGCAUUGAUAAGCACCAUUCUGGGGGGCAACCUUCCAGGACCGGUGGCGGACCUACUGACAGCCUCGCGACUCAUAGCCCCAGCCAAACCUGGUGGGGGUGCUCGACCAAUUGCCAUCGGCAAGUGCAUCACCCGGCUGACAGCCAAGGCAGCCCUCGCAGCCAUGGGCGAUGCUGCACGUGACUACUUCCUGCCUCUACAGUAUGGGGUGGCUGUGCCAGGGGGAGCCGAGGCAGUUAUCCACGUGGCACGGGCGUAUCUGGACAAGCUACCCAACAGCCUGCCACACGAGCAGGAGCACGAGGAGCUGGAGGGAUGGGAGAGAAUAGAAGCACCUGGGGAGCUGGCGGCCAAUGCAGCUGAGGUUGGGGCAGCGGUAAAGGGUUUGGUGGCGGCGGCUGCUGAUACUGCUGAGCCAGGGGUGGCACCGCUGGUGGAGACCGACGUGGCUGCUGCGGCUGAGAUGAUGGAUACGCCGCAGGUGGCGACAAAGGCGGCUGGGAUGGCGGGGGAGGUGUCUGCUACUGGGACUGCUGCCGCCUCUGAUGGCGACUUAAUCUCAUCCUCUGCUGUGCGCCCGACUGCGUCAACUCCACCUGUGGAUGGGGGUCCAGCCGUGGUGGAGCCACAGACGGUGAGGGGGGAUGCUGAAUCACCGGCUCCGUUGUUUGGGGAAUCACCGUCACCGCUUGGGGCAGCUGAGAUUGAAGCGGUCGUGGCUGAGACAGGGAGACAAUGGGAGGGACCCUUGAACGUGGAGACGGCGCCGACCGCCGCUGAGUCCGCCGGAGUUCGCCGACCGCCGCUGAGUCCACGUGCAGGAGCACGGCCAGAGCAACACUCGUCAUCGCCGGCUGCCGCAAGAACACCUGCCACCGUCGUUCAAGCCGCAACCGCUGGGACCUCCGCGGACCCAGGCGAGAGACCGUCCCCGGUGACCCCGGGACCUGCGGAAUUAGCAGAAGCAGGCAGAGGCGUCACGGGCGUCACGGGGACGCAAGGGACUCGUCGCUCCGCGAGGCUAGGCACGAUCACUUGGGGACCGCCACGUGGCGGACGAACCCCCUGGAUGCCGGCGGGUCGUGGGGCUACAAAUGGCGCGGCGGGAGUCGCAGGAGGCGCCGGCGCUGAGCGUGGGGGGCGCGGGGAUGCACGGGGUGGCUUCAGGGGAGGACGGGGUGGGCGCAACGCGUUGCCCAGAAACGAGAUCCCGCUGCGAGCGGACACGUGGCGGGAGCGCCACAGUAGACCGGAAAGGGCAGUUCCGCCAGCGAACGAGGAAGCGGGUGAGCCUGACGAUGAGGAAGCAGACCCGGGGUUUAUGGGUGGGGAAGAGGAGACCUCAGAGGAGAUCUCGCUGGAGAAUGAGGAUGAAACGGGGAGAAACAACCACGCCGGCGAGAGGAGAGUGACGAAUGGGGAAGCAGCAGAGAAUCCUGUGGAAGGGGCAGAGGAGGCAGUUGAGGAAACUGAUGUCCCGUCACCGUUUGAGCUGGCUGAGGACGACUCCAUCUGGCAAAUAGCAGGAGGGUGGAAUGUAGACACGUUAAGGAGAGGUGACCAGCCCUUCCUGGUCCGCCGUCUGCCACCUCAGCUGCUCGACCGAUAUUGCCUAUGCAUGCUGGCCACACUCCUGCGCCUACAGAAAUAUCCAACCUGCCAGGGGGGAUGGACCAUUCUGCAAUUUCUCCCAAGGCUAACCCUCAGACCCGAGCCCGAACCCGUGACAGGAAGCAGGUGGGCAGUCAUCUAG